UCGGAAUUUUAUCUCUGAAUUAAUGCGAUAAGGAGCACAUUUUGCAAGCUGUAUGUCUUCACGUUGUACUGGUUGUUUUAAAUAAAAGUAUAACGUUACGUAACGUAAACAUUAGGCAUAGCUACGAGUUUUGUUUUUCUUCGAGGAGGGAACGUACAGUAAGGGUUCAUCUGUAACAUAAACAGUAAACCUUUGAAGAACUGCCUCCAGCUGUUUUGGGGUCAGAGAUCACUUCAAAAUGGAUGUCAGCAUUGCUGUGUCGCUAAUUCGAGGCCAGAUGGGUGCCGUGGUGGAGCGGGCAGUGAACGGGGCAGUGGAGACGGUGCUGGCUGAGAUGCUUAAAGUAGUCGGAGUCAAAUUUGAGGAGCUGAAAGCUCAAGUGGCGCACAUGAAGAGGGACGUCAAUGCACUGCAGAGGGAGAAGGCCUUAAAAGAAAAGGAGAACGACAACAUCCGCGCUAAGCUGCGAUACACGGAGCUGAAGCUGAAGUACUACAGGCAGGGAGUGGAAGAGGAGCUGCAGCAGAGAGCCUCUACCUCCACUCUGGUCCGUAUCCACCCGUCCAGCUUCCCCCAACCACAGACAAGUAGCACGUGCGUCUCGUCUAACGAGGCCUCACCAUCGUGCUCAACUCAGUCCAGGACUGCUGAAGGACAACUGCCGAAAAGCAGCCAAGAAUGCAUCUCUCCACAGAGCAGGCGAGCCGUCCGAGUGCGUGGUCAGUCAGAUGUGAGAGUGGUCAGCUGCGACCAAUCAGACCUGCUGCUGCCUGUCUCACUCUCUAUGAACACAGUAGCGGAAACUCUGGACAGCAAUGCAGGUUUCUCCUGCACCACAGAACAAGACAUUUCUGCAAGCAAGAAUGAAGAGCAGGAAGACGACUGUGAAUGGACCAUCGCUGUACAGACACACACAGAAAGCAUGGACGCUGUAAUGGACCCUCCCCCUCCUCCUGUCCAGGCCCCGACUCUUGAGCCGGGGCAGCAGUCAGACGCUGGCUCACUGUCCCCAGAUGGGUCCACCCAAGCUGACAGCUCCACACUGCCCUUCUCCACUUUACAGGUGAAGCAGGAGGUUCAGCAGGAGGAAGAGGGGGAGGAGGAGGUGAUCUGUAUCAAGGAGGAGCCAGAGGAAGAGCAGGAGGUGAUGGCCACCCUGCUGCUGGACUGCCAGGUGCAGCAGAGUCACCUGUCAGAGUCAGAGGCUCAAAGGUCAGUACCUCAGAUAAGCCAGAGAAGUCACACUACAGCCUUCAGCUCAGAUGGACCAGGCUCCUAUCUGAUGCCUCAGCCGGUGGCACCCCUGCCCUCAGUUUCGGCCUUGUCACUGGGCGUCCCCCCUCGCCAGGUGGUGCGUCCGUGGAACAAAGACCUCAGCCUGUACGAGGAGUACAAACUGCGCAGGAAUGAGCUCCGCCGGCGAAGCCUCAACAGACGCAGAGAGCUGGAAAAAAACCUGCCUCAGCCACUGCUGGCAGACCUGGUACGAGAGCGUCGAGAAAAGACCAGAUUGAGGGUGGCCAGGUGGAGGGCAAAGAGGAAACUCCAGGCCUGUUUGAACCAGGCACAGGCUCAAGGUGGAGCUGUAGGUCUUUCUCAGACUGGCUUUCCCAUCAGCAGUCAGCACCACCAGCACCAGCAGCAGCAGCAGCAGCAGCUCAGAGCGCCUUGUGCGUCCACCUCCAGCGGUCAGCAGAGACAGAGCUCCCUGCCUCAGUCUACCAGCUUCAUCAACAGCAUGUCAGCAGUAAACAGCAUCUCUGCACCUCUCACCUUCAUCGCUCCCUCCUCCUCCUCUUCUUCUUCUUCUUCUUCUUCUUCCUCCUCCUCUCUGCUCCUGAGAGGCCCUCACAUGGCUCCACACGUCAGUCAGCAUGCUGUGACGUCAUCAUCCUCCUGUUCCUAUCCUCAGGUCGGCCUGUCGCAGCAGAGUCUCUCUCUGACGGAUACAGACAUCCUGCAGUGAGACCAUGCAGAAACUUUACAUUGUUUGUGAAUUAUGUUAAUAUUGAGGUGAGGUCAGCACCCCUCUUCAGAAUGUAGCAAGUCCUUCAUUGGUGAUGCGGAAAUCUUUGUACCUUUGUUAAUUACACACAUCCUUGAAACUUGGUCCAGUUUUGCGUACUUUACUCAAGAAGUUGUGUCAACUGAAUACUUUCCAUCACAGACUGCAUUUUUUUAAAAAAGUGACAGACAAAUCUGAAGGCCAUCGGUCAUUUUGACAGAUUACACUGAGAGUGAUCACCUGGGGCGGGUGAGGCAGAGGCAAAAGUCAGUGAGGCUUUAGAUGACGGCAAGUCCUGUGGCCUCACGCUCACGCUGGCAGACACACACCAGUUCAAUUUUGCACAUAAGGUAUAUCAUGGAAGUACAUAAAUCUAUCCAAAAAAAAGAUUCCCUUCGGAGCAUGUGGGCAUCAUUGCUGACUUCCACACUGGACUUAACGUAUCUCACUAUCAAAGUGCUGAGAAAUUGUUGAAGAGAGGGGUACAGCUGUGCCGAUUAUUGAUGAAUGAAAAUGAAUGAAUGAAAACAAAAGCUAUUAAAUAUGUAAAAUGGACUGUACUUAUAUAGCGCCUUUCUAGUCUUUACGACCACUCAAAGCGCUUUUCAUUACAUCUCAUUCACCCAUUCGCACACAUUCAUACACUGAUGGCAGGAGCUACCUCGCAGGGUGCCAACCUGCACAUCAGGAGGAAGUUAACCAUUCAUUCUCAUUCUUACACUGUUGGCGCAGCAACGGGAGCAAUUUGGGGUUAAGUGUCUUGCCCAAGGACACAUCGACAUGUGGACUGGAGGAGCCGGUAUUAUACAGUAUAUAUAGUAUUAUAUAUGUAUAUAUG